ACCUGCGAAAGACAGUCAACAAUUGUACGGGUUUCUGCUCUUCUGUUCUGAACGCUGUCAGUUAAUAACUGACUUCUAGCUCAUUUCUUUGGAAGGACAGUAGGUGUUUUGUUGGGCGAUUACCAAGCUCUUCACACUGACAACCCCCUAGCAGCGGCCCCUAUCCAGAGCUAGCUACGAAGAGCGAAUAAAUUGCAGGGCACUGAAAGGUCUGUGAGAGACAGUCACCUGCAUCAUAUGGAAGAGUACUAUCACAGGUCACCAGACUGCUGUAGUGUCUGAGCAUAAAGCUUCAUCUUUCUUGGUUUUCCAGCAGCAGGUUGAAGGAUGACAGAUGGAAUAAUGAGUAAAGCAGCUACGAUGGAAAUCCCAAUUAACAGUAACGGGGACACAGGAAACCUUUCAGAAGAUGUCAGCCUAGAACAGGACCUACAGCAAGUAAUGGUCUCUGGCCCCAACUUAAAUGAAACCAGCAUUGUAUCCGGUGGUUAUGGUGGGACAACAGAGGGGAUCAUACCAACUGGGUCAUUGAAAGGGCCUGCUAUCAGGUAUAAUCCAUCCUACCUGGGAAAUCGACUCAUCAAUCAGCCAACAGAAGGUUCUGGCGUCCAUCCUUCCCACAGCAAACCCCCUGCAGUCGGAGAGGAGACAGCUCGGGGUAUUGCAGUGGAAAAAUUUGAUUUUGUCAAGAAAUGGGGCAUCAACACAUACAAGUGCACAAAACAACUUAUUUCAGAAAAGUUUGGCAGGGGGUCCCGGACUGUAGACCUAGAGUUGGAGACACAGAUCGAGCUCCUGCAUGACACAAAGAGGAAAUACGAAAACAUCCUACAAUUGGCUCGGGCACUUACCAAUCAUUUCUACAACAUGGUGCAGACGCAGAGAGCCCUUGGUGAUGCAUUUGCUGACCUCAGCCAGAAGUCUCCUGAACUCCAGGAGGAGUUUGGCUAUAAUGCAGAAACUCAGAAACUGUUGUGUAAGAAUGGUGAAACACUUCUGGGAGCAGUGAAUUUCUUUGUAUCCAGCAUCAAUACACUUGUGAACAAGACCAUGGAGGACACCCUCAUGACAGUGAAACUGUAUGAGACUGCCGUAAAGGUGAUGCACAAGCAACUCCUUUUGUUCCACAAUGCCAUUUCAGCUUAUUUUGCAGGUAACCAGCAGCAGCUAGAACAAACAUUGAAGCAGUUUAGCAUCAAGUUGAAGAAUCCGGGAUCUGACAAGCCAUCCUGGCUGGAAGAACAGUGAAAGUAAUUGGGUGUAGGGUGGGUAACAGCGGACCAGCAGCAAGUGGACCACGAGACAUCAGUGACUAGACUGGAGAUCAGAAUCAAUUUCUUUCCUGUGUGCGGUUCUGUGUGCAUGCACACACAAACACAUGAGCAUUUAAGUGAGCUCUCUUGAAAUCCUUUAAGAUAUUUUAGCACAUUUAGCAGAACUUUUCCUUCACAGAAGACUCCACCUCUGACUUGGAAUAGUUUGCAGUAUGCACCGAACUACUGUUUUUUUUUUUUUUGUUUUUUUUAAGUUCUACUUCUGCAUGUACAUGCAUUAAAGCCAAGGGAAGAAUUGCUUCAAAGAGAAAUGAGA